ACGAAUCUCCACGUGUUGCAAAUCACGGUUUUUCCCCUAAUGGCAAUAAGUUAUUGAGUUGAUGUCCUGUAGAUAGUACGUUUUGAAUAUUAAAUGUCACAUUAUAUUUGGCUAGUAAACUGAGUAUAUAAUUUUUAAAACGAUUUUGAUAUCGAAAACUGCUUCAUUAGGGGAUAUUUGUGGAAUUAAAUUAGAUCCAAUUUGAGUAUCAAUUUUCAAAUCAAUUGAUUUGUGUCAAAUUUUUGUCAUAAUUCAAAAGUAUAUAUCUGUGAUACUUAACUAUAGUAUAUCUCUGUGAUACUUUUUAUUAUAGAAACAUGGGCCGGAAUAAAAGAAUACCUGAGAGAUGGCUUGAUUAUCAGCCUAUAAAGGAUAUCAUUUAUGAUGCCCGGAUUAUUCCGAUUAAAUGUCCUUUGCCUUAUCAACAUUUUCAAUCAUAUGUUUUGUCUCAACAUCGAUGGACUCCAGCUGAUGUGAUACAUAGAGUCUCCAAUUUAGGCUUAGUUAUUGAUAUCACUAAUAAGAUUCCAGGCUAUUAUAAUAGUAACGAAUUUCUUGAGAACGCAAUCGAUUAUAUUAAGAUUCCUUGUGUUGGACACCAUGUUCCUGAUGAUAAUGUUUAUCGUAAGUUUUGUGAAGCUGUGAAUAAUUUUCUGGAAAAAAAUAAGGCGAAUGAUGAUGUAAUUGCUGUGCAUUGUACACAUGGUGUCAAUCGUACAGGCUAUAUAAUUUGUAGGUAUCUUAUUGAACGAUUGCAAUAUUCUUCUCAAGAUGCCCUGCAUAAAUUUGCUCAAUGCAGGGGAUAUCCUGUUGAAAGAGAAAAUUACAUAGAAGAUUUACAUCGGCUGUUUCGAAAUAAGACUUGACAAAAUGGAAUUUAGUGAUAUGUCAUGAAGUUAUAUGUUUAAAGUUUAUUUUUAAAUGAAAUUUUAAUAUCUGACAAAUAAUUUUGCAUUGAAAAAUUUUCAAAAUAGCAUUGUAAUAUUUUUGAUUUGAGAAAAUAAUAAAGAAUAAUUUAUAGCAGCACUGUUAAAUUUGCUGCUAUUAAAGUUGGGUAAAAGAAUUUCUCAGCUUUUCCUCUUAUUUCGUUUUUAAAAGAUUUAAAUUUUGAGGGAUUUGACCUAAUAAUACAAUGAUGAAUAAAAUUAUUGUUUGUUCAUAAAUAAAACUUAAGACUUAGCUAUCUUCAAAGCACAAUUCUAUAUAUCUGUAAUUGAAAUGCAGAUUUCAACUGGAAUAUCAGUUUAAAGCUUUCUUUCCUAAAUAGUUGAACUUAUUUUCUUAAAGUUUUGUGCAGCAGCAUUCUGUUUAAUGUCUUUUAAUAAAAUUUUGAAAAUAUAAGCAAUUUUAUUCUUAAUCUAAUGAGCUUAGCAAGUGCCUUUAUGUAUUUUUAUACAAGAUUUAAAUAACUAUUUUGAUAUUCUUUAAUCAAUCCGUGUACUUAUCCCUUCAUUUAUUUUCAGAUUUAAUCUCCUGUGUGUCUAGAGAUCACAAAGGCAUUUCAAAUCAAUUAUAAGUAAUGCAUAAUUGGAAUUCCUUAUUAUAGAAUUAGCGGAAUAAUUCUAGUAGAAUACUUUAAAGGUUUUUUUUUUAUUAUUAUUAUUAUUUAUUUUCUAUCAAAUUGUUCAGGUACAAUUUUUUUUUUCUAUUAAAAUUAUUUUUUUCCACUCCAAAUAAUAAACCACUCAUACUUGCGUUAAUUUUUUUUUUUUUUUGUAAUAUGUGUCAAUUACAUUUUUUAACACUAAAUAAAAUUUCCAUUAUAAAAAAUGUAUAUUUCUUAUU